GUCACCGACCCGGUGCCCCGGUUAGUUGCGCGCGAAGCGGGAAAGCAGUGGGAGGGGUGAGCUUGUUCUCUAACCGGAAGAAAGUGUGUGAAAAAGAAAAAGCGCCGAAAAUCAACCCCCUAAAAAAUCCCCAACUCCUGAAACAAUCCCGAGCCAUCCGCAGGAACCAUGGCCGACCCCAAGGACACACAGGACGAGCACGAGACCUCCACAGAUAACGCUGACGACUCGAACCAUGACCCUCACUUCGAGCCCAUCGUGUCUCUGCCCGAGCGUGAGGUCAAAACUCUGGAGGAGGACGAGGAGGAGCUCUUCAAAAUGAGGGCGAAGCUGUACCGCUUUGCGAGUGAGAAUGACCCGCCGGAGUGGAAGGAGCGUGGUACGGGGGACGUUAAGCUGCUGCGCCACAAAGAGAAGGGCACUAUCCGCCUGCUGAUGAGGAGAGACCGCACGCUGAAGAUCUGUGCUAAUCACCACAUCAUGCCGCUGAUGGAGCUGAAGCCGAACGCAGGCAGUGACAGGGCCUGGGUGUGGAACACACACGCUGACUUUGCAGAUGAAGAACCAAAACCAGAGCUGCUGGCCAUCCGCUUCCUCAACGCAGAGAAUGCACAGAAGUUCAAGGUGAAGUUUGAUGAAUGCAAAGAGGAAGUCCGAAAAUCACUUGAAGAAGGCAAAAACAAAGCCAACAAUGUGGCGGAAAAACUGGAGGAGCUGUCAAUCAAGGACGAGAAGACAAAGGAAGAGAAGGAGAAGACGGAGGAGAAGGAGAAGACUGAGGAGGAAGGGAAGAAGAAGAGCGAAGGCGAGGAGAAAUGAGUGUGGUGGUUUUUCUUCUUCUUCUCCACCCCCAAGCACCCCCCCCCCCUCGCAGCACUUCUUCUCUUUUCUACAACAGACUCUGAACACAACAUUCGGACACUUAGUCUCUUUAUUUUGGGUUUUGUUUUAUUAUUUGUCCAUCAGAGACCUCAACAUCAUUCUUAAUCCAUUCCUCUCACACACACACACACACACACACACACAUACUCUCGCGCACUUGUCUGCUUGUGUACGGAUCAUCUGACGGCCCUGACCGGGGGCGGGGCUCUGGGCCCUGUCCCUCGUCACAGCUGGUGUUUUUUGUUUCUUUUCUGUCCUCGCCUGCAGAGCGAGUGAGCAGGAAGUGAGUUUGCUCCGACAGAAUGCUGGGGUUCUCGAAGAGAGAGAGGGAGAACCCUGGAGACGAGGGUUCUGCCUGCUGUGGAGGAUCCGGGAAUAUCGGUGAAGAACCCCGAGGCCUGGCGCUGCUCUGUCUGAUUAUAUACGAAUGAAAGGAGGAAAUAAAGAGGAAUUAAAGUAUA